GCACACCAGAUGGAGCCCGUGCACGCAACUAUCGGGGAUCGUCGUCUUCGUCAGUCCUCUCAUCAUUCCCCGCGUUUGCAUGAAUACGCUAGAAGCGCAUCGUAUUAUCUUGCCGUAUCGCAUUCCGCUGAUGCACCUCCGUUUACAUGUAUGCGCAUCUCACUGGCUGGCAAGCUAGCGCUAUCUAGUGUCACAUUUGAAACUGAGCGCCCUACUUCCGGUAAACAUGCUUCCGCUAUCCCGCGCCAACAAUCCGAAAACGAUACCAUACGUACCGAAUGAGCUAUGUCCUUCAGCGCGUUUCUGCCUCUGCACGUCCUCCUUCUCUUUUCUGCGUGGAUGAAUUUACGUGCAGUUCGGUUUGCAUUAGCACUUAUCCGCUACCAAAAGUGCUGCCGGAAAAUACGGCUGCUGCACACUCAAGCUUUGCAACUUGGCGCCAGUGCCACAACGGCGUCGACUGUCAGGGGAUUGGCCCUGAGGCAAGAUAGUUUAUCGAAGGAGCGGCGCAAGCGGGCUUUCUGGGCAAGAACAAGAUAUGGUGAAUGGUGGCGUAGCAUCGUCUUAGAAGAAUUCACGGACAGUGACUGGAGCGACAAUUUGCGCAUCAGCCGAGAUUCAUUCUAUGAGUUUGUCUCUCUCAUGGGAGAUUACAUGUCACCAAAAUCUGGCUGAAUGAAAGCGCCCUUCCCCCUGGAAAAGAGUGGCCGUUGCAUCGUACAAGCUAGCUAGUUGCUCAAUAUUUCCAGUUCGCCCAAAGCAUUCCGUGCGAGUUUUCCGCCAUGGAGCCCAGCGAGGUGACAUCGGAAUGCGAUCCUUUGUUGCCGAACGAGCCUCCUGUCGCCUGGAUGUCCCUACCACCAAGGAACCUCGACAAGAACAAGAGUGGCCAGAUCCUGAACAGCGAUUCACGCAACGUGAUCCUCCCCUGCAACACGUAUUGGCGUAACGGGGAGCCUGAACACAGCGUGGAGGCCACGACCAAGUUUGUCGCCGAGAUGCUCGGUGUCAGCGAAAGCACAGUGUUCAAGGUGAGGAGGGAGGUCAAAGCGUCGCAUAUUUCGGGUGGCAAACGGUCGACGCCUUCGCGAAAGCGCCCACGAAAUGCGAAGAAAAGAAGACGUAGCACGAAGUAUGACAGCUUCACGUUGUGCGCGCUGAGGUCAUGUGUGCACGAUUUCUUUCGCCGCAACGGGAUACCGACGGUCGAGAAGAUACCUAACGAGUUCUCGAAGCGUAUGGAUCUCCCAUCACUGAGGUGGUGUACUGUGUGUCGCCCGCUUGUCGAGAUCGGAUUCAAGCACGAGAAGAGGAGCCGCAAUUGUCUGCUUAUCGACCGGGAUGACAUCGCUGAAUGGCGGAAUCGCUACCUUCGUGACGUGGAGCGCUACCGGGCGGAAGGCCGAAAGAUCUUUUACCUGGACGAGCCAUGGGGGACGGCGGGACACACUCGGUCGAUCGUGUGGACGAACGACCGAGUGCAGACGCCUAUACGCUCGGACGAAGCGCGGACGCCUGUACGCUCGAGCAAAUGGCCUGUCGACGGUAUGAAACAACCUUCUGGAAAAGGCCAGCGCCUGAUUGUGACGCACAACGGCAGCGAGGAGGGCUUCGUCGACGGCUGCUUAGAUGUAUUCCGAGGCCAAAAAACGGGCGACUACCACGAAGAAAUGGACGGUAAUCUCUUCGAGGGAUGGUUUAAUGGCGUUCUGCAGAAGUUGCCUGCUGGUAGCGUCAUUGUUUUGGACAAUGCACCUUACCGUUCCCGGGAGACGAGAAAUUACCGACGACAGCUGGAAGAAGGAAAAAAUACAGGAGUGACUCAAAAGCAAAAACAUCACCUACAGCCAAAGGGUGGUUAAAAUGCAGCUGCUUGAGUUGGUAGCAUCCGGAAAGCCACGCUUUCUGAGCUACAUCUAGACAAAGCAGCUGAAAGGGCCGGUUGCAUUGUACUCAGGCUCCCACCACACCACUGCGAAUUUUAUCCUAUUGAGCUCGUGUGGGCAAAGGUCAAAAAUGGCAUCGCUGCGGACAACAGAGUCUUCAAGCUGUCCACGGUCAAAGAUGUCAUGACGGGAAAAUUCAAGCACGUAACGGCGGAAGACUGGAGGAAGAACAUUCACCACGUGAUGGACCUGGAGGCAAAGUUCAGGCUUGAUACGUCUGGAAGUGACCACGUCGAACCCAUCAUCAUCCAACUGGUUGAAGAUGACACUGAAGAAAGCGACUCCGACUGCGAGCUGUCCGACAUUGAGGCACUCGAUGAAGCAUAACAGCUUCUUAUUAACGGAAGAACAGCCUUUAUUAGGGCUACGAAAAUUUUGGUGGUGGGUUCACAGCAGCCAAGCAUUCUCCCGUGACCUCUCAAAUAAAUAAGCAGUUCAUUUGGUGA